UUUCCAGGAAGCGCCCUUACAUUUUCCUGUAAUGGCGGACCAGGCAGACAGCGAAACUAUCGGGUUCAACGACAACAGAAUGGCGCAGCAGCCGCUGCGGUUUCGCGGCCCUGCGCCAGCGCAGACCCCGGUGUUACGUGGCCCUCCCCCGCUCCUCAGGCCACCGCCGCCUCCUUUCGGAAUGAUGCGGGGACCUCCGCCGCGACCCCCCUUUGGUCGGCCACCGUUUGACCCCAACAUGCCUCCCAUCCCACCGCCAGGAGGCAUGCCGCCCCCCAUUGGACCUCCUCAUUUACAGAGACCCCCAUUCCUUCCACCUCCCAUUGGGAACCUGCCACCACCUCCAGGGAUGCUGUUUCCUCCGGGGAUGCCCCCUGUUCCUGGGUCUGGCACCCCUGCACUCAAUCCUGCUGAGGAGAUCUGGGUAGAGAACAAAACUCCUGAAGGAAAGACGUAUUACUACAACGCCAGGACCAGAGAGUCUUCAUGGAGUAAACCAGACGGUGUGAAGAUCAUCCAGCAGUCAGAGCUCAACCCUCUGCUUGUAAGCGGGAGUGGGACUGCGGUGACAGGUGCAAGUGCGGGGGCAACUGCAGCUGCCAGCUCAAGCAGUGUCAACACUACAGCCAGCACGGCAGCAGUAGCCACCCCUACCCAGGCCCCCUCCCCGACCCCGUCCCGCACACUCACCUCCAGUCCAGAUUCCACAACCACUCCCUCCCCCUCUGUGUCCAUCGCAGCAGCCUCUGUUGUAGCAGACCUGACUCCUGUUGCUACAGUGACCUCAAGUGUUGCUGUAUCUCCAGUUGCCGUGGUGACUGUUUCCACAGUGCCGUCGUCUGUCACGGCAGUGCAGACCAUGCCACUGCUGCCUGCGGCCCUGCCUCACAGCGUGGCCCAGCCCAGCGCUGCCAUACCUGCCUUCCCCCCUGUCAUGGUGCCACCGUUCAGAGUUCCCUUACCCGGCAUGCACAUCCCACUGCCAGGUAUGCUUCCUGGUAUGGCCCCGCCUCUGGUUCCCAUGAUGCACCCCCAGCUGGCUCUCACAGCAGCUCCCGCCUCCUUGGCUGGAUCACUGCAGCUCCCUGAGUGGUCUGAGUACAAAACAGCAGAUGGGAAAACCUACUACUACAACAACCGAACACUGGAGUCCACCUGGGAGAAACCACAGGCCUUGCUGGAUAAAGAAAAAGAAGCAGAGAAGGCUAAGGAGCGUCUGGCCCAGGAAGAAGCUGAGGCCAUGGAGAUGGAAGAUGAGGAGAACAAAAUAGAGAACACUAAUGAGAAGGAGGAGCCUAAAGAAGAGGAGAUGACAGAGGAGGAAAAAGCAGCUCAGAAGGCCAAGCCUGUAGCCACCAACCCAAUCCCUGGCACUCCCUGGUGUGUGGUGUGGACAGGUGACGACCGCGUCUUCUUCUACAACCCGACCACACGCCUGUCCAUGUGGGACCGGCCCGAGGAGCUGGUCGGCCGUGCCGAUGUCGACAAAAACAUCCAGGAGCCGCCACAUAAGAGAGGCCUGGAGGACAGCAAGAAGACAGGUAUCAAUAAGGAGGAGCCAGAAGUAGCUGUAUCUACUGAAGAGAAUCAGGAUGAGGAGCCAACCAAAGCCAAGAAAAGAAAGAAGGAGGAAGCGAAGGAGGCAGACUCAGAAAAGGAAGCAGCAAUGGAGGCCGAGCUUAGAGCUGCCAGGGAAAGAGCCAUAGUGCCCCUGGAGGCCCGGAUGACCCAGUUCAAAGACAUGCUGCUGGAGCGAGGGGUAUCAGCAUUUUCAACGUGGGACAAAGAGCUGCACAAGAUUGUGUUUGAUCCUCGCUAUCUUCUGCUCAACCCAAAGGAGAGGAAACAGGUUUUUGAUCAGUAUGUGAAGACGCGAGCAGAGGAGGAGAGGAAGGAGAAGAAAAACAAACUGAUGCAGGCCAAAGACGAGUUCAGGAGGAUGAUGGAGGAGGCCAAGUUCACCCCAAGGACGACGUUCAGUGAAUUUGCGGUGAAGCAUGGCCGUGACCCGCGAUUUAAGACCAUAGAGAAGAUGAAGGACAGGGAGGCCAUCUUCACAGAGUUCAUCACUGCUCUCAGAAAGAGAGAAAAAGAAGACUCCAAGACUAGAGGAGAGAAGGUGAAGCAGGACUUCUUUGACCUCCUGAAUGAGCAGCAUAUAGAGGGAGGCCAGCGGUGGAGCAAGGUGAAGGAGAGGCUGGAGACGGACCCGCGGUACAAAGCUGUGGAAAGCUCUGCACUCCGGGAAGAGCUUUUCAAACAGUACAUGGAAAAACAGGCCAAGAGCGUGGACAUUGAGAAGGAGCGAGAGCUGGAGCGGCAGGCUCGUAUCGAGGCCAGUCUGAGAGAGAGGGAGCGGGAAGUGCAGAAGGCCCGAUCGGAGCAGACCAAAGAGAUCGACCGAGAAAGGGAGCAGCACAAGAGGGAGGAGGCGAUCCAACAUUUCAGAGCGCUCAUGUCAGAUAUGGUACGUUCCUCGGACGCAACGUGGUCGGACACACGUCGUAACCUGCGCAAGGACCAUCGCUGGGAAUCGGCCUCGCUGCUGGAAAGAGAGGAGAAGGAGAAGCUGUUUAACGAACACAUAGAAGCACUUGCCAAGAAGAAGAAGGAACAUUUCAGGCAGCUUUUGGAUGAGACCAGUAUGAUCACUCUGACCACUACAUGGAAGGAGGUGAAGAAGAUCAUCAAGGAAGACCCUCGCUACAUCAAGUUCUCCUCCAGUGACAGAAAGAGGCAGCGGGAGUAUGAAGACUACAUCAAAGACAAGUACAUCACAGCCAAAGCUGACUUCAGAACCCUGCUCAAAGAGACAAAGUUCAUCACGUACAGGUCCAGAAAGCUGAUCCAGGAGUCAGAGCAGCAUCUGAAGGAUGUGGAGAAAGUCCUUCAGAAUGACAAGCGCUACCUGGUCCUGGAGUGUGUUCCUGCAGAGCGCAGGAAGCUCAUCAUGUUCUACAUCGAAGACCUAGACCGCCGUGGGCCCCCGCCUCCCCCCACAGCCUCUGAGCCCACCCGACGCUCCACCAAGUGACCAAUCAAAUCGCCUCGCGUGGCCGAUGCCCAUCUCCUCCCUGUCCCCUAUUGGCCAGAGCAUGACCCCCCGACCCCUCAGACCCCACCUCACCCCACCCUGCAGGCCCAAGGUUGGCCUCCCAGAGAGCAGUGUUAUGGCUGGGGGUUGUGUUGCUUAGAGAUGUACCAUAGAGAUGUACUGUUAGGUCUCUGUGUUAUGUCGCCUCGUAGCCCUGACGUAGCCCUGCAACCACGGCAACAGCAGGGAACAGAGGUUACCCGAUGUCAUGGUAACCCUUGACCCCUCACCUCUGACUGACCGCAUUGGAGGGAGGGGUUUAGUGAUAAAGCUGCUGCCCCAGCAGCCAAUCAGGUGUAAGAUAGCUGAUGUAAAUGAAGUGGUGAGUGUGUGUGUGUGUGUGUGUGUGUGUGUGUGUAUGUGUGUGUGUGAAUGUGUGUAUGCGUGUGUUUGUGUGGGUUUGUGUGUCUGAGGCGUCCUUAAGCCUUAUUGCUCCACUGUGCCAGUCAUUGUUUCAGCGGCUCAGUGUGAAUGUUUGUUUCUGCUCAGUGGUUUACUCCGAUGUCGCAGCAGUUUCUCUGUUGAAUGAAAUAAAGGCAACUUCCACUGUAUUUUUUUUCCAA